AGUAGGCAGGGCUGCGGCUGUUCUCGCCGCCCACUCGCUGAUGCAGCAUCCGCUCACGAGAGCAGAUAAUGCGGCCUGCCGUAUUUUGAUUGUAGGCUCUGGUCCAGCAGGCACCGCAGACAUGGCGGCUCACUCCCUCGAUCAACUUCUGCAUUUGUAAUUACAUUUUGUCAACAUUGCAGGAGUUAGCAGGGAAGCUGGCAGCUUUUGAUGCCCAAAGCGGCUCCGUUUGGAGGACAUGAUGGAGGUUACUGCGGAGGGAGAGGCGGAGGAGCGCAGGAGGGAGCAAUGGAAGCUGCUGUCCAGCCUGAAGACCACUGUGGAGGGCCUCCUGUCCACCAACAACCCUAAUGUCUGGUCGCGGUACGGGGGCUUGCAGAGGCUCCACAAGGACAUGAACAACAUCCUCGGUCACAGGCUGAAAAACGAGCAGGUGUACUACAAGCAGCGAGACUACUGGCCUUUUGUUUGGUGUGUUCGCUACAUUACCCCCCACCUCGCUGUGAAUGUUGAACAGUUCAGUCACCUGGAGCCGGUUUUGAGCACCGGGAUGCACGGCGCCGGGGAGAGCUACAAGGCCGAGCGUUGGUUGCUGCACAGCUUACAGGUUCAUAAGCUCUCAGCACAACUCAAACCUCUGCUCCGGCAUAUGGGAAACACCCGGAAAUACUACAACGAUGAUGCCUUCCUACUCAGUGAACCUCAUGUGACCGCCAUGUUUCAGUGUCUGGAAGCCGUGGAGCAGAAUAACCCCAAACUGCUGGCUCAAGUAGACACGGUUGGGCUUUCCCCUCUGAGGGGCUCUCCGUGCUUCAGUCUGUUGAAGAGCCAGAGCCUAUGUGUGCUGCCAGGAGCCGGUGGGACCUGGAGGAAGGCGGACGCAUCACCAGGAGGAGACUCUUUGAACCGCAGGCUAACCACGUCUAACUGCUCUCUGCGAGAAGCCGACCUCAGCCCGGCAGACACUACCAAGUGCACUACCUCUCCAGCCAGCAGGGUGGAAACUCCUUGGGCGUUCGUGUCCAGCCUAGGGGAGGGUGAACGCGGUGUGACGCCUCCUCCUGGAUCCACUUCCACCCCUCACAUCGCCCUAACAGAGUCCCCAUCCUCCUCCGUUCAGCCCGAAUCUGGGGACAUCUGCGAUGGCGACUCCGAUGACGGUCCGGAGUAUCUGGCCAUCGGUAAUCUUGGGCAGCGCAGUCGUUGCAAUUCCAGAAACUCCACCCACAGCAGCGAGCAGGACCAGAAAAAGGAACCGUGCACACAGCGGGGUUCUCUGGCCCCGAAUCCGCCAAGGCGCUCCUCUUUCUCAGAAGGCCAGAAGGGCCCCGGCAGGGGCGCUAAAGGACACACCCGCUCGUUUUCAGACACGGGGAUCAGUCAGAAACUCAGGAAUGGAGGGGGCCACAGAAAGAUCACCAUAAUAAUAGAGGAUCCAGUUGCAGAAUCGGCGAGCGAAAACUCCAGCAUGGCGGAGUACAGCCUCUUCUCACCUCAGCGCAGUGAUACCAGCACACCCAGUUCUCUGUACAUGGACUCCUGUGGGCCACAGUACAGAGGCGUACCAGAUGGGAUGUUCAGGAAACCGUCGAAGGGCCAGAGCCUCAUCAGCUACCUGUCAGAGCAGGACUUUGGCAGUUGUGCCGACCUUGAAAAGGAGAACGCUCAUUUCAGCAUCUCGGAGUCCCUCAUCGCCGCCAUUGAGCUGAUGAAGUACGACAUGCUGCGGCGGGAAGAGGCGGGCAUGGAGGAGGAGGGAGACAGCGACUCAGAGAUUCAGCAGCUCAAGCAGAAGAUCCGUCUGAGGAGGCAGCAGAUCCGUCGCAGCCGCCUGCCUCCCUGCAUAACCUCCCAGCGCAAUUUCCACUCCAGUGACAGCGGCGGCUCCAGAAGGAGCUCUCACGACUCCUUCCAGGGCCUGUCCGACUCCGGCUCGGUCGAGGAGGUGGAGGAAUGUGAACUACAAGAUGGCUGUGAGGGCCAGUCCCUGCUGGCGGUGUCUCAGAGCGGCCUCUCCUUGUCACUCGCCUCCCUCUUCUCAGAUGCUGAUAUAAAGCGCAGCGUGAGCUCCAGUGGCAGGUCCUUCCUGAGCUCAGAGUCCAUCUCUCCAUCCUUCCUCCAGUCUAACUCGGCCGAGUCGGUAGCUAUGGGUUUACUCAGGCAGUUUGAGGGCAUGCAGCUUCCUGCAGCUUCAGAGCUUGACUGGCUGGUCCCAGAACACGAUGCUCCACAGAAGCUGCUGCCUAUCCCCGACUCCUUGCCCAUCUCUCCUGAUGAUGGCGAGCACGCAGAUGUCUACAAGUUGAGGAUUCGAGUUCGAGGAAACCUCGAGUGGGCGCCGCCGAGACCGCAGAUUAUCUUCAACAUCCAUCCUCCUCCAAAGAGGAAGGUCAUCGUCGCCAAGCAGAACUACCGCUGUGCUGGCUGUGGCACCAAAAUUGACCCAGACUACAUCAAGCGGCUACGUUAUUGCGAAUACCUCGGCCGUUACUUCUGCCAGUGCUGCCAUGAGAACGCCCAGGUCAUCGUUCCUGGCAGAGUGCUCAGGAAGUGGGACUUCAGCAAAUACUAUGUAAGCAACUUUGCCCGGGACCUGUUGAGCAAGAACCGGGAUCCUCUGUUCAACCCAAGUGACAUCAACAGCGGCUUGUAUAAGAAGAUCAAAUCUCUGGAGACUGUCAGGGUUUUGAGGGUGCAGCUGUUUCACAUGAAGAACCUCCUGAGGACCUGUCGGUUUGCCAAAGAGGUACUAGACCUUUUUGACAGCCUGCCUGGCCACCUGACCGAAGACCUUCAUCUCUUCUCGCUCAACGAUCUCUCUGCUGUUCGCAACGGAGAACUGGCUCCUCGAAUGAAAGAGCUGCUGAAGCUUGGUACCGUGCAUGUGGCCGGAUGCGUGCUGUGUCAGGCAAAGGGUUUUGUGUGCGAGUUCUGCAACAACGACAAAGACAUCAUCUUCCCCUUCCAGCUGAGCAAGUGCCAGCGCUGCGAAGGGUGCCACGCCUGUUAUCACCAAAACUGUUUCCGGACGGGUAAAGACUGCCCUCGGUGUCGGCGGCUGGCGGAACGCAGAGAGAGGAUGGCGCGCAAAAACAUGGAGGAGCAGGAGGAUGAGGGAGGGGGGACCUAGCGCCGGCAGGGAGAGAACCUCAGGAAAGAAGAGGAGCACAAAUCGACGAUGAUUGUAGACACUGACCUCCUUCUCGUCUCUCAUUCCUCCCAGAUCACCACAGGAAGCUAUUUUUUUGACCAGAUCGCAACAUGGAAGUUAAGUUUAGAGACGUAUAUUUUCAAAAUAAACCCUAAGAUGUGCACUUUAUUUGACUAAUGCUUGAAAAGUAUAGAAACCAAUAUGGAAAACUUAAGUAAUGUCCACAAUAUAAGAAUAAAAUAAUAUUAAUAAUAAUAAAAAUAAAAUAAGACCUUUAAUACUAACACAUUAAGCCUGUAUUUGAACAUUUAGUUGCAGCUUUUACUGCUGCUCAAACAUCUAACUUGAGUUUAAUCAUUCUUGAUCUAAAGACAAAGUUUUAUGGUUAUUAUGUUUGUCUGUCUCCUCCUUUUUACCAGCUAUCCUCAGCAGUGCUGAAUCAUUCCUGCACAGAUAGACCAGCUCUGGAUGAGAUAUCAAACCUGCUGCCUUGCACACUUACAUGAUGCUAAUGAUUUUUGCAGUUUUCUGUGCAACAUGAGCCAAAGACCACCGUUAAAAUGUCAGCACUUGU